AUGUCGUUCAAAGUGAAUUGGAACAAUCUAGAAACGGAUUCCUUGCGUUCGUGGACUACGGAGUUGCUUACGGACGCCCUCAAUUCCGGGAGAAGACCUAACAUCUUGGCUUCAGAUAUUCAGAUCAAAGACCUAAACUUUGGCAAAGUGGCUCCCGAUUUCGAAAUAUUGGAGAUCGGUGAGCUCGACAAGGAUAGGUUUAGAGGUAUUUUCAAGAUCAACUAUUCAGGGGACUUCCAUCUUACGCUUCACACAAAAGUACAAGCAAACCCGCUCAAGAUCUACGGUGACAACUCCCACGAGAAGGAAGUGUCUCCUUCCCAAUCUUUCAUCACGCCAGACUUUUUAUUAUCGGUUGAGCCUUUCAAUUUACCACUUGACCUCAAGUUGAGUGACAUCAAGAUCUCUGGUAUUGGAAUCAUUGUGUUUUCCAAGAGUAAAGGUCUCACUUUGGUGUUCCGUAAUGACCCACUAGACUCUAUCAAAGUCAGUUCUACUUUUGAUACCGUUCAGGUCUUGGCCAACUUUUUACAGAAACAAAUCGAAACCCAGAUUAGAGAUUUGUUCAGGGAAACCCUUCCCACGCUUCUUCAUAGACUCAGUUUGAAAUACGUUUCAGCACUUACACCAAACGAAGUCAUGAACAACUUGAAGGAUCACUUGAACUCCCAGCAGUACGCUAACAGUUUGGAUCUUUCCGAAUCGCAGACUAUCUCAUCGAAUAACUUGAGACGGUUAGCCACUCUCUACAGCUCAAGAGAAACUCUUGAUUUAAACGUUCCUAAAUUUAAGAGGAUCGUUCAGAGAAACAGCUUGGAGAAGUUCAACAAGCAUCUUUAUCCUAACUUGGUCAACUCCUUGUACUCAAAGUUGGAUAUCGCAACUCCCGCAUCUGCUUCCUCGAGCAACAACAGUGUGCCAGUGGAACUUUUCGUUCAGAAUGACUUCUCCAAUGUUGAAAGCAUCGUUAAAGAGAUCUCAAGCAUUCAAGGCAAGACUUUCAAGUCUGUCAACAACAAUGACAAGACUUCGCCAAAGAGAAGAACGAUCAAGAUGGGCAGUAAGUUGAAGAAGAAGAAGAGCACCAAGGAGACUGAAACACCUGCUCCAGUGCAUAAAUCACUGGAAAUGGCUAGGCCAACCAGUAUGGCGAAGAGCAACACCGAAUAUUGCGACUCAUCGUCCGAUACUUUUGUGGAAGAAGAGUCAUCGCUUGUGGAGCAACCAAAACCCGUACAACAUUACAAGCGUCCACCUUUGGUUACCAACUAUGGUCAUCUUGCAUCUUCAAACUUGAGUGGUUGUGCCUCACCAUUGAGUUCAAACUCGUCGUUCAUUGGUGGUGUUGGUAUUGGUAACUUCAGUUUGGCCAAUGCCCCUCCACUUUCGGCGUCGCCAGUUAGCAUCAGAGAAAGAGAGAAGGAAACAAAGAAACACGAGCUCAAGGUGAAGAAGCUGCUCAACCAUAUUGAUAUCGGGAGAAUUAACGAAAAACUCCAAAUGCGUCUUAACGAACUGAAGGCUGCUGACACUUCCGUGAAAGGUACGUUCAAACACGAGGAGUUGGAGGCGCCUCCACCACCAUACCACCACAUUACGCUGAGCAUUUAA